AUGCUUUUAUACAAAGAAUCGUCUCAGUUCAUUGAGAACAAAUCCCGCCAUGGAUCUCUCCAGAAUCAAAUAUUUGGCAUGUACAAGCAUAAGAAGCUUAAGUCUAACCCAAAGCAUGUUUUUGCUUUAGUUUCAUCCACUUUGAAGUACCUGAAGUUCAUUAGAGAAAUCAUAAAGAAAUCCUGCUUACUUAAGGUUGAGCGGAAAUCAAAGAUCCCACCAGCCGUUGCGAUCCUUUUGGUUCAUGAUUUGCUUUUUACCCGAUCCGGACGUAUACAAAGUCGCCAGCAUCCAUGGAAAGAAGCUGUGAUACGAAAUCAGACUCGUCUUCACGCAGAAAUGACAAAGUUAAAGUUGAAACUUCACGUUCAGUCGUUUGAUGAACUUAUAGAAGAAGAUAAGACUCCUAUCAGGUGGUUUAGAGCUAAUACAGUGAAGGGUAGCUACGCGCAAAUUGCCAAGGAGUUUAAUGAGCUCGAACGGGUCUACGAUAUUAAAAGCAUAAAGAAGGGUACGAUUUAUUACGAUCAAUAUAUUCCCAACUUGUUUGGUGUGGAUCCGCUUGAGAAAAUAACAUCUUCAGCAGCUUACAAGCAAGGCCGCAUAAUAAUCCAAGACAGAUCUUCUUGUUUUCCGGCGUAUAUACUUAAUCCAAAGCCAGGUGUUGAUAAAGUUAUUGAUGCAUGCUCUGCACCUGGAAACAAAACCACGCAUUUGGCUUCUAUUUUGAGAAACACGCCUAAUUCUAUCAUUGCUUUCGAGAAGGAUGACCAUAGAGUGAAGACUUUGGAGAAAAUGUGCAAGAUGGCCGGUGCUUUAAGCUGUAUUGAGAUUAGGCACGGUGAUUUCACCCAGACCAAGCCAGAAGAUUUUACUGAUGUUACAGGCAUGCUUGUUGAUCCAUCAUGCUCUGGUAGUGGAAUUUUUGGACGUGCGUAUGAGGAUAAUGCCCAAAAAGGCAGAGAUGUAGAGGAUUCCAACAAUCCGUACAAUAAAACACGCCUUGAAAAGCUAUCUAACUUUCAAUUUACCAUUGUGAAGCAUGCGAUGCUUUUCCCUGGAUUGCGCAAGUUGGUGUAUUCUACCUGCUCGAUAUACCCGGAAGAGGAUGAAAGGGUUGCUAUCAGGCUUAUAGAAGAUGAAGACUUGAAAAAAAGAGGUUGGAAGUUUAGUCCUAGAGAACGUGUUAUUCCGGACUGGCCAAGAAGGGGAAGAGUGGAAGAAUUCAAGUCCUUUGAUGAUCCUGAGAGAUGUGCAGGGGCUUGUGUACGUAGUUUGCCAAAAGUUGACGGAGGAAUUGGAUUUUUUGCCGUUUGCUUUGAGAGGGAUCCGACAGUUGGUCUAGAUUUGGAAACGAAACCGAAAGACGACGGGCUGCACCUGGAACAGUAA